AUGUCAUACGAAGGAGCAGACCUCAACCAAAUGGCCAAAGAUGGCACCAGAGUCCCCGAGGAUGCCGCAAAACCAAACAUUGUCCCCUCAAAGGCAGGAUAUCACAGAACACAGCCCACUGCUGGCGGCCUGGGUGCUGAGAUGCUGAGCGAGGCCGCUGACAACCCCGUCUCUGACGAAAAGAGGAUGGGCAAGCAUGGUCCCGGUGUUGGUGAGGUCAUUACUGGCACUGGUGAUGCUAUGCCGUCCAUGGCUUCGACCAAGCAUACUGGUCAUGGUGGAAAGGAGCGACAGUGA